GCCAGCCAGUGAGCGGAGGCUGGGAGAGGGAGGAGCAGAUCUUGAUGCAGAGAUGCUGCAGUGGCUCUGGGAGCGCACACACGCGCGCCCUCACUGCCACCGCCGCCGCCGCUGUGGCCGCCGCUGCACCAGGAUAGCCAGCGACUGAGGCCGGCAGGGGCCUCCAGCAGCUGCCCGAGAGUUGGCUGCGGGGCCGUCUCUGCUCACCAACCCCAGCAGCAUUCACCUGCCCAUCCAGCCCCUUCCCUCACUGCAGGUGCUUCUCAGCCUCCAGCCCGGGGCGCCUCAGCUGGCCUGAGGCUCCUCUCCUCAGAUCCCCUCCUCCACCUGCACAGGCCACCAUGGGGACACCCCCCAGGAUGAAGCCACACCUGCCGCUGCUGCUGCUGGCCACCUCAGCCCUCGUCUCCUCCCCAGCUUGGAGUCUGGCCCAAGGAUCCCCAACCACGUUUGGGCCUGUCUUUGAAGACCAGCCUCUCGGUCUGCUGUUCCCAGAGGAGUCCACAGAGGAGCAGGUGACACUGGCAUGCCGGGCCCGGGCCAGCCCUCCUGCCACCUACAGGUGGAAGAUGAAUGGCACCGAGAUGAAGCUGGAACCGGGCUCCCGUCACCAGUUGGUAGGGGGCAACCUGGUCAUCAUGAACCCCACCAAAGCACAGGAUGCCGGUGUCUACCAGUGCCUGGCCUCAAACCCCGUGGGCACCGUGGUCAGCAGGGAGGCCAUCCUCCGCUUCGGCUUUCUGCAGGAAUUCUCCAAAGAGGAGCGAGACCCAGUGAAGGCCCACGAAGGCUGGGGUGUGAUGCUGCCCUGUAAUCCACCUGCCCACUACCCAGGCUUGUCCUACCGCUGGCUCCUCAACGAGUUCCCCAACUUCAUCCCGACGGAUGGGCGUCACUUCGUGUCCCAGACCACAGGGAACCUGUAUAUUGCACGGACCAAUGCCUCGGACCUGGGCAACUACUCCUGCCUGGCCACCAGCCACAUGGACUUCUCCACCAAGAGCGUCUUCAGCAAGUUCGCACAGCUCAACCUGGCUGCAGAAGAUCCCCGGCUCUUUGCACCCAGCAUCAAGGCUCGGUUCCCCGCAGAGACCUACGCACUGGUGGGACAGCAGGUCACCCUGGAAUGCUUUGCCUUUGGGAACCCCGUCCCCAGGAUCAAGUGGCGCAAAGUGGACGGCUCCUUGUCCCCGCAGUGGGCCACCGCCGAGCCCACCCUGCAGAUCCCCAGCGUGAGCUUCGAGGACGAGGGCACCUAUGAGUGCGAGGCAGAGAACUCCAAGGGCCGCGACACCGUCCAGGGCCGCAUCAUCGUGCAGGCUCAGCCCGAGUGGCUCAAGGUGAUCGCAGACACAGAGGCCGACAUAGGCGCCAACCUGCGCUGGGGCUGCGCAGCAGCUGGCAAGCCCCGGCCCACAGUGCGCUGGCUGCGGAACGGGGAGCCCCUGGCCUCCCAGAACCGCGUGGAGGUGCUGGCCGGGGACCUGCGGUUCUCCAAGCUGAGCCUGGAAGACUCAGGCAUGUACCAGUGUGUGGCGGAAAACAAGCACGGCACCAUCUACGCCAGCGCUGAGCUGGCCGUGCAAGCGCUGGCCCCGGACUUCAGGCAGAACCCCGUCCGGCGUCUGAUCCCAGCGGCCCGAGGCGGGGAGAUCAGCAUCGCCUGCCAGCCACGGGCGGCACCCAAGGCCACCGUGCUCUGGAGCAAAGGCACUGAGAUUCUGGUCAACAGCAGCAGAGUGACGGUGACUCCAGAUGGCACCUUGAUUAUAAGGAACAUCAGCCGCUCGGACGAAGGCAAAUACACCUGCUUUGCUGAGAACUUCAUGGGCAAGGCCAACAGCACGGGGGUCCUGUCUGUGCGAGAUGCAACGAAGAUCACCCUGGCCCCCUCCAGUGCCGACAUCAACCUGGGCGACAAUCUGACCCUCCAAUGCCAUGCCUCCCAUGACCCCACCAUGGACCUCACCUUCACCUGGACCCUGGAUGACUUCCCCAUCGACUUUGAUAAGCCUGGGGGGCAUUAUCGGAGGGCCAGUGUGAAGGAGACUGUGGGGGACCUGACCAUCCUGAAUGCCCAGCUGCGCCACGGAGGGAAGUACACGUGCAUGGCCCAGACGGUGGUGGACAGCGCGUCAAAAGAGGCCACUGUCCUGGUCCGAGGUCCCCCAGGUCCCCCGGGAGGUGUGGUGGUGAGGGACAUCGGUGACACUACUGUCCAGCUCAGCUGGAGCCGUGGCUUUGACAACCACAGCCCCAUUGCCAAGUACACCCUGCAAGCGCGCACCCCACCUGCGGGCAAGUGGAAGCAGGUCCGGACCAAUCCUGCCAACAUCGAGGGCAAUGCUGAGACCGCCCAGGUGCUGGGCCUCACACCCUGGAUGGACUAUGAGUUCCGGGUCUUAGCCAGCAACAUCCUGGGUACCGGCGAGCCCAGUGGGCCCUCCAGCAGAAUCAGGACCAAGGAAGCAGUCCCUUCGGUGGCACCUUCAGGACUCAGCGGAGGAGGUGGAGCCCCUGGAGAGCUCAUCGUCAACUGGACCCCCAUGUCACGGGAGUACCAGAACGGAGACGGCUUCGGCUACCUGCUGUCCUUCCGCAGGCAGGGCAGCAGCAGCUGGCAGACCGCCCGGGUGCCUGGCGCCGACGCCCAGUACUUCGUCUACAGCAAUGAGACCAUCCGGCCCUACACACCCUUCGAGGUCAAGAUCAGCAGCUACAACCGGCGUGGGGAUGGGCCCGAGAGCCUCACAGCGAUCGUGUACUCUGCCGAGGAAGAGCCCAGGGUGGCCCCUGCCAAGGUCUGGGCCAAGGGGGUCUCAUCCUCAGAGAUGAACGUGACUUGGGAACCUGUGCAGCAGGACGUGAAUGGGAUUCUUCUGGGGUACGAGAUCCGCUACUGGAAAGCUGGGGACAAAGAAGCAGCUGCUGACCGAGUGAGGACAGCAGGGCUGGAGACCACAGCCUGUGUCGCGGGUCUGCACGCCAACACCAAGUACCACGUGACUGUGCGGGCCUACAACCGGGCAGGCACCGGGCCUGCCAGCCCUUCUGCCAACGCCACAACCAUGAAGCCCCCGCCUCGACGGCCUCCCAGCAACAUCUCCUGGACUUUCUCAAGCUCCAGCCUCAGCAUCCAGUGGGACCCUGUGGUCGCUCUGCGAAACGAGUCUGCAGUCACUGGCUAUAAGAUGCUGUACCAGAAUGACUUACACCCGACUCCCACACUGCACCUCACCAGCAAGAACUGGAUAGAAAUCCCCAUGCUGGAAGACAUUGGCCAUGCCCUGGUACAGAUUCGGACCACAGGCCCUGGAGGGGACGGUAUCCCCACAGAAGUCCACAUCGUGAGGAAUGGAGGCACAAGCAUGAUGGUGGAGAACGCAGCGGGCUGCCCGGCCCCAUAUCCUGGCGCCAUCCUCUUCCGUUCUGUGGUGAUGCUCAUCCUCAUAGGCUACCUGGAGCUCUGAUCUCAGAGUCCCUCCCUCCGCAGCACAGCCAGCCACUCACCCCCAUGGACACAGCCAGCUGGCCCUGGCCCCUUCCUGAUGCCAAGAUGGCCCGACGCUGUGCUGAGAGGGGUUGGUUUGAAAUGCCUGCUUUAAAUAGUACCCUUUUGUUGGAAGCAGAAUAUUUUAUAUUCUGCCACAGGACAGAACCAUGCAAGGAUAUUUUCCUUAAAUUGAGGCAUCGGGCAGUGACUUCCAUGGUGAUGCUGAGCCCAAUGCCUGGGCCCCUUGGGGUCCUGGGUGGAAGGAACAGGCCUAUUGGACAAAGGGGUUUUAAGAUUCAUCUUCAAAGCAGCAGAGAUGGCACUCUGAGACUGCAUGUGGCUCUGCCACCUGACAGAGACCUGGACCCAGCAAGACACCAGGCAGGAACAGGCUAAAGAAGUGGGACAAAGCAAAAACAUCAACUUCCCUCAACUAAGGAGGGCAAAGCCUGGGACCAUAGCUUCCUCUCCUCCCCUGAGGAGUGGCAUGACGGGACCUGGCAUUGUCCUCCAUGACUCCGAGCUGCCCUCUCUGCCCUGGUGGCUGAGACCCAGAGCCCUGAUGCCCAGGGCCAGGAGCCUAGACUCCUUCAGGGUGAAGGGAUGGGACUCCAGGCUGCCGCAGGUGAGAGCUGCCAAGUGUUGAGAGGCUGGGACCCCUCGUAGAAAGGGGCGCCUGCCCGGGCCUGAGGCAUGGUCACCAUCCAGGUGACACUGCCUUCCCAGCCAGCACUGCCAACCCAACCCUGUCACCCCAAGCGUGACAGAGCCACUUCAGGUGGCUGGGUGACUAAAGGGCUUGUUUUGAGGAGCCCCCCACCAAGACCCAUCCUGCACAGCUCCCACCUUCCUCCAGCUCUGCCUCCGACUCCCUGGCCCAGCUGCCAGCCGCAAUGCAACACGCACUCUGUCCUUCCUUGUCCUGAGCGUGGGAGGCUUCUGAGCAGGCAAGGACCGACAUGGCCCAGGAAUUCUCUGGACUGCUGGGUGAGACCCGCUCUCCAGACUACUCGGACCACUCUUCCACAUUCCCAGAAGAAAAGGGGAUUAAUAAAGGGACAGCCUACCUUGAACUCAGGGUGUAUUGCCAGUCACAGAGCAUUGGGGCUGGAAGAGGCCUGACAGCUCGACUGAUCACAGCCUGUACUUCACAGAUGACGAAAUGGAGGGCCAGCAAGGGUUAGGGGCUCCUCCAGAUCACACAGCCUGUAAGCGGCAGGGCUGGGAGAAGAACUGAGUCUCCUACCUGGCUGUUCGAGGCUGUGUGUAUGCAGAAGAGGCAUACACACAGGAAGCAGUGCUGGUUGGCCUCGUCCUGGCUGCGAAGGUGGCUGAGGCCACAGAGGCAUGAGCAUCCUCGAGGGUUCAGCUUGGUGACCGCGCACAUCAGGCCUGGUGUGGCUCUCAGUGCAGUCAGCUUCCUGGAGCCAUCCAGGCCCUCUGCCUUCUAAGCCUGGUUUCUACGGGAACUCAACCUGCUGCGCUGGCUUGACGCCCUUGUCCCUCACCCUUGCUGCAGAAAGAGGUCAAAGCAAGGAUGCUACAUGGAGGCUACAGUGGCAGUACAACCAGAAUCCCUAAAGCCUGCACUGUGACAGUGGGCUAUUCACACUUGGGAGCAAUGGGACAGGCAUCUGGAAGGGCAUUUGCCCCCAAAGCACCCUGAGCCUGUUUUCUGUAGUUUACAGUUAGAGCUCUAUUUUGUUAUGGUUUUUAAACUUCUAAGUCCUGCUCUAUUUUGGGGGGCAGGUUUAUGUUGAUGUUCAUCCACAAUUUUUUAAAACCGUAAGCUCACCUUCUCCUCUACUCCCAACUCCACCUGCCCUAGGCCCCCUCGUCUGCUCCUCGCCCCCACACAUAAGGGUGCAGGGGCUCGGCUCCUGGCCAUUCUCUCUUGCAGGGAACUAGAUGGCCUAGCAUCUGUCCCUUGCUGGCUGGGAUCUGACCCAUGCCCAGCUGUUGGAAAGGGGACAGUGAAAGAAAGCAAGCUGCUAAGCUUUGUCUGAUUCUCUGCCCAUUCCUCAGCUUCAGCAGGCAGGCAGGGAGCAGGUGUCUAGUUGCCAGACUUGGGGAUGAUCUGGCUUUCACAGGACCUAAGCUUGCUUAAAGAAAUACAGCCAAGAACUUCCUUCUAAUGAGGUACAUGAGAAAGAGGAAGGCGGAUCUGCUGGGAGAUCCAGGGGACAUAUUUAACCAGGAAACUCUGACCGCUGUGCAGGCAGAAUUUGUUUGGGGAUGUAGAACUAUACUAAAGGCAGAUGAUCCUGCAGCCUGACAUUCCAGAUAGGUUUGAUAAGACAGUAGGUGACUUGAGGACAUGCAUGCUUGCAAAACCCUCUUGCCGAGGUGGCUUGGACAUGUGUUUGCUUGGAGGAGCAGACCAGACUAUAUGGCUUCUUAAGAGUCUCUUCCUGCCCAAGGGUCUGCUACUUUGUCUUCUCUGCUGAGAUGGGCUGGGGGAGCUGACGGGGGUUCAGUCCCUAUCCCCGGAGUCACGACUCAGUCCUAGAUUCUCCACACUAAGCCCCAGAGGAAGUGGCCAGGGAGACGACCACAGACAAGUACGCUGCCUGAGAGGUUAGUGGCCUGUGAAUGACCAGAAGAUGGGACAGCCAGCUAGCAGACACCUAUUCAGAGGCCAGGGAGACAGGUGCCCAUCUGCACACACUGGGUCUGGCUCCAGGUUUGGCUUUUGGGUUCUUGUGGUUUAGGGCAGGGCAGCUCUCCCCAGAAGGAGUCUCCAGGCCUUCAAGGUUGUUUCUACUUUCAUUCGGGGCAGAACUAACACAGACUGUGUCAGGAAGUGGCAGGCCAUGGGGGCAGGGGUGGGGCUAUCUUCUUCCUUAUUUGAUAAAGUAACAACAGGAGAGACAGGAAUUAGAUAUCAGGGAAACUUCUGCAAUGAGACCCUGGAAAGAGUUCAGUGGCCUCUUGUCUAGGGAGCUUUAAGUUUUCAGUUUCAUUGAGAGGUCUGAGCCACAUGAACUUGUGACGUGAGGGGGUGGGAGAUGCCUGAAGUUCUUCCAGAGCUGAGAUUCUUAGAAUCAAGUGCUGAACACAGGAAAUCUUGCAAAGGCCAUCUGCUGUGGUCCCUGCACCUUAGAGGAAGCCAUAAAGGGGGAAGGCUCACCCCAGGGAUUGCGGUUACCACCCAGUGCCUUCCCCAGUGGGCACUGCCCCUGGGCAGUCCCAAGAGCCAUCCACCUGCACUCAGGGCAAGAGCUCAAAAGUUAAGAUGGCUGAGGAUGUGUGAUUCCCCUCAUCCCUUUCCCCUGUCAAACUGAGACUGCCAGUGGGGCUCCUGUGUGUCAGAGGGGACAGCAGUACUCUCACACCUGUGUCACCGGCACAGGUGUGGUGCCAUUUCCCUUCCUCGGACUGAACCUGGGCCAAAGAUGGGUAGGAAGGAUCACAGGGCAUUUUUCUAAGGGACUCCGAGAGUUCUGCAGAAACAGGCAUCCGGUGGGGUGAGGGCACCCCAUGGACUUAUACAUGUGGCCAUUAGCUUUGGAAAGGCAGGGCAUAAAGGACAAUUGAAGAGGAACAAAAAGGGUCAGGUGGCUUUGCCCAGAGCCCCAGGAGCCUCAGAGGCCUAAGGCAUUUUGUGCCCUUAGAUGGGAUACAUCCUCUCAUGGCCCAAGAUGCCAACUGACCACCCACGUCAGGACCUGCAUAGCUUAGAGCUCAGGGUGUGGCACACGCCAGGCCUUUGCUGGACCACUGAUUUGAAGGAUUCUGUUCAAAGGAUGCCACCCACUGGCCCCUGAGUUUGCUCUUGUACUUCUUGUAAUGGUAGCUAUUUACUGAAUCUGGUAGCGGGCAGUUCUUAAAUAAAGAUGGUUUCUCAACCUGC